AUUCAGCCAAUCAGAGGAGAGCACAUGUUCGCUGUCUGACUCUCUGCUCGUCUCCUUUUUCUUCUUCUUGUGUCUGCGGCGGGACGAUGCACACCAAAGGAAACUGCUGCUGCUCCUUCGAGGACUACAAACUGACCCAUGAGUGGCUUCUAAACCACACCAGUCACCGUCCCAAGGUGGCGGUGAUCUGCGGGUCAGGACUCGGUCUGCUGGCCGACAGAGCCGCCAACAAACAGAUCUUCAGGUACCAGGACAUCCCCAACUUCCCCGUCAGCACAGUGGAGGGUCAUGAAGGCUGUCUGGUGUUUGGGACCAUCGAGGACACUUCCUGUGUCUUCAUGCAGGGUCACUUCCACCUGUACGAAGGUUACUCGCUCUGUCAGGUCACGUUCCCUGUGAGGAUCUUUAAGUUGAUGGGCGUGGAGUCUGUGCUGGUGACCAACGCCUCCGGAGGAAUCUGUCCCGACUUCAAAGUCGGCGACAUCAUGAUCAUCAAAGACCACAUCAACCUGCCGGGAUUCGCCGGACAACACCCGCUGUGUGGACCCAACGACGAGCGUUUCGGGAUACGGUUCCCCUGUAUGUCCGAUGCCUACAGUAAGGACCUGAGGCGUCUGGCUGUGGAGGUGUGCUCUGAGCUCGGCUGCAGUGACUUCAUCAGAGAAGGAGUUUACUGUAUGGUGAGCGGACCCAACUUUGAAACCAUUGCUGAGGCCCGAAUGCUGCGAAUCCUGGGCUGCGACUCUGUGGGGAUGAGUACGGUUCCUGAAGUGACGGUGGCGAAGCACUGUGGACUCAGAGUCCUUGGACUGUCCCUCAUCACCAACAAGGUGUCUCUGGACUACAGUCGGGAGGAGAAGGUGAACCACGAGGAGGUUCUCCAGAUCAGUAAGAUGAGGGCGGAGGUUCUGCAGAAACUGGUCACCAUGUUGAUCUCUCGCUGCCAGCAGCAGAGCAUCAACACCCACUGACCGGCCGACCGAGCCAACCUGACUGGAGCCUGAAAUGGGCCGGUUUUGUCGAAGACUGUUCCCCAGUCGAUAUGUGUUUCCCCAUACCUAAACAAGGGUGUGACUUUAGGUUCAACCUUGGGGGGGUUCAGAUCUCCACUUUUGACCAAAAUUUAAAUUUUGAACAUCAAACACUUCUGCAUUCUGGUAAACUUUUCUGCAUCAAGUUAUGGUGCAAAUGUCUUUGGGUUUUGGGGAGGGAGUACACUUGCCAGCUUUGAUUAUUGAUGGGGUUCAAUAAUUACACUUAUGCCUAAACCUAAACCAAACCUAGUCCCUAACCCUGAGUACGGAGGGCGGUACCACACAUUUUAACCAGGGGGUGGGGGGGGGGCACUAUUUGACUUGGAAACAGACUUUGACACAACACCGGUACAUCUGAUUUAUGAGUACUCUUACUCUUUUGAUUUCUGUGUCUUAAUUGGUUGCAUGUUUUCAUAGAAAAGGAGCUUCACACAUAACCUCAUCACAGCUGAAUAUUUCAUAAGUAAAUGGUUCUUGAUUUGGGUGGUCAUUACUUUUAAAAGUGUUGUCAUUCUAGUUCUUCAAGUAAAUUAUUGCACACCUGAGGUAACUUUAAUCAACUAAAGCGUAAUUUCCUACAAAAAAGAGGCCAGUGUAAAUGCAGCAUGGCCACAACGGCUGCUGAGCAUAACUGUUAAAUGUCAAGCCCUGAAUGUAUGUAAUAACAAGCAAUAUUAAGGGAUUAUUUACUAAUAUAUGUGUAUAAAUGUAAAUAAAUCCAAGACACAUUCCAUGAUCAUGUCAUGCAACUGCUGAAUUAGGGUAUUGGCACCUUUUCCAAUCCAAUUGGCACCUUUUUUGGACCAAUUUGCAUCUUUUUGGACACCUUUUUUGGACUAAUUGGCACCUUUUUUGGACCAAAUGGCACCUUUUUUGAAUCAAUUUAGCCACUGACCAUUGAUGUAAUCACUGUGUAAUAUCUGACUGUAACUGUUCUGUCCGUGUUGUCUGUUGUUGGACGGCAGUGAGUCUGUAACUCUGUUAAAGUUUUACGCAGCUGUUGUGUUUCAGCUCUUAACUUCACAUAAAACUGCCCUUUAAAUGAUUAAACACAAACUGAGAGAUGAAA